AGUGUGUGUGGCCAAACAUAAAACACAACGAUAACGUAUCUUGGGUGUGAAGUUAACAAUUAUUCGGCCAGCUAUGCAAGUUUGUUUUGGGUCCAUUAGGCCGUUUUCUAUUUAAUUAGCACAGUUUAUUAUGCCAGCUCCUAUUUUGUUUGAAUACCAAAUCAUGACAUAACAAACUUCCCAAUGCUGAUAAAAUCACAAGAUCAUUUAGACCCCCACAUUUGAACUGCUUCAAACACAAGCAACUUUGUGGCAAGUGGCUAUCCACCCUCAUUUCAGUCACUGCUUCAUGCUAUCUUAUAUUUUCAAGGAUAUGGGGGAAACACGUUUUCUCAAAAAUUGUACCUUCUUGAUGGCGAUUCUUACUUUGCUUUCUAGCUUUCUCUUGAACCAUGUCAUGGCUAGUGUUUACACUGUUGGUGACCAAGAAGAAUGGAGUAGCCAAACAAAUUAUGCUUCAUGGGCAGAGAGAUACAAUUUUAGCCAAGGCGAUGUUCUUGUUUUCAAGUACGUGAAAGGGCAACAUAAUGUUUAUGAAGUGACAGAAGACACGUUCCGAUCGUGUGAUGCAAGUAGUGGUGGAGUGUUGGCCAAGUAUGAGAGUGGAGAAGAUCAAGUGGCACUCAGUGAGGUGAAGAGACAUUGGUUCAUUUGCAACAUAGCAGGGCACUGCCUUGGAGGCAUGAGGUUUGGAAUUGAAGUAAAAGAUGGCAACAGUGUUACUAAUUCCACGGAUGUUGCAUUUAACCCACCAAUUGAACCAACUCCCUCGCAUAAUUCUUGUACCUGUUAUUAUGUGUCUGAAAGAUGGAGAGUGAUUGAGAAUUUUAUUCCUUUAGGAUUAUUAUUAUUGUUGAACUAUUACUUUUGAUUAAUGGUCAGGUACUUAGGUACGUGGAUUUGAUUAUUUAUUUCUGCAUAUUGCUUUCAUAUGUACAAUUUUACAAUUCAUUAAUUAAGUACAAAAGAGGGGUCUUCUUCUAGAAUGGCAGAUAUAAAAAUGAAAAUUAGACUCCUACCUGGGUCAUCCAUGUGUUUGGUGUGAAGGUCAAGCAAGCAAUUUAUGAUGGUUAAGGGACUUUUUGUGUGAACAAAAAGCAUAUAUACCCACCCUAUGGCCAGCUAUCAUAACCUGAGUUUGUCCAACAUUACAUGUGAUGUAUCCAUGUUGUCAUGUUUACAAGAAAUUUUUCAAUACACAA